AUGUUGCAAACUGCUCCUCUACUAUACCCUCUGCUUGUACUUGCAUUUCUGUUUUGGUGGAAGUGGAAGAAGCCGGAAACCAAAAAUGCGCCGCCAGGACCUCGUGGUAUACCGCUUUUCGGAAAUCUCUUUCAGAUACCGCCACAUCACUCCUGGCUCAAGUUCAAGGAAUGGGCUGAUCAGUAUGGGUCGAUAUAUCAGCUGAAUAUCGCUGGUCGAAAGCAUGUUGUGUUGUCGACUGAAAAAAUCGCCAAUGAGCUUCUCCGAGAACGAGGUUCAAUCUACUCAUCACGCGAGCAGCUUGCAUUCGCGUCAGAAUUAUUGUCAAACAACCUACGGCCUCUGCUUUUACCUUAUAAUGAACUGUGGCGACGAGGACGCAAGCUCAUGCACCAAUUGACUAUGCCCGUGGCAGCGGACUCCUAUCAACCUGUUCAAGAAAUCGAAUCGAUCAAGCUUCUCUCGAGAAUAUUGAGAGAGCCCAGUAAAUAUGAGCAAUGGUUCGAGCAAUACGCUUCUGGAGUUGUCUUUAGGAUCGGCUUUGGCCGGUGGAUCAAAACCGGCCAAGAGGAAGAGUUUCAGCGAAUUAUUACAGUUGGCAAAAACGUUGAAAGGGUGGCAUCCCCAGGGACGUAUCUUGUUGAUUCAAUCCCACUCUUGAAACACCUUCCAACGGGGCUGGCUCCAUUCAAGCAGGAGGCUCUACAACUCCGUACAGAAGAGCUAAGUUUGUUCCGGAAACUUCAAAACGAUGUUCGAGAGACCAUGAAGACCAAAGAUGUGCCCGAAUCAUUCACAAAGACGUUCCUUGAAAACCAAGAAGCGUAUAAACUCUCCGACGAUGAGGGCGCUUACGUGAUUGGUACCCUGUUCGAGGCUGGAAGUGGCACAACUGCCGCCGCGAUGAUGUCCUUUUGUCUCGCCAUGUGCCUCCAUCCCGAAUGGCAGACCAAAAUCCAGAAAGAAGUCGAUGAAGUGGCCAAGACUCGAAUGCCGAAUUUCGACGACAUGGCGGAAUUGCCCACUGUUCGUGCCGUCAUCAAAGAGGUCUUGCGCUGGAGGCCGGUCACGGCAGGUGGGGUGCCACAUCAGUUGAUCCAGGAUGAUACCUAUCAAGGAUUCUCUUUCUCAGAGGGAACAGUGUUUCAUGCGAAUCAGUGGGCGAUUCAUCGCGACCCGGCCCUCUACCCAGAUCCUGAGAGCUUCCGGCCAGAGCGCUGGUUAAGCCCCGAGUUUCCCCAGACUUACCGAGAACCGUUGACCAAAUAUCCCAACCUGCAGAACUACUCUUGUUUUGGAUUCGGGAGGCGGAUAUGUCCUGGACAGAAUAUUGCUGAGCGAUCCAUGAACAUUCUCGGAGCUCGCAUUGCCUGGGCUCUAGAUCUGCGGAGGAAAAUUGACACCGACGGGAAAGCAGUGUCCAUUCCGGACUACGACUAUACGAUCGGUUUCAAUGUUCAGCCUCGCUAUUUCGACUUUGAUAUCUUCGCACGAUCGCCGGAGAGGGCCACGAUUGUCGCUCAGGCACUGCGGGAAGUAACUAAGGAGACUUCGUAG